ACAUCUAUAACCAUGACAACACCCAACCCAGCGGAGUGUACAUCAUCUAUCCCAUCGGAGCCACGUCUGCUGUCCAGGUACACUUCAUCCUCUCUGGGACUCAGUUAGAAGAUGUUGGUUCAAAGAUGAGUCACCAUGUGAAGACAGUUCAGGUGUACUGUGACAUGGACUCAGACGGAGGACGUUGGACGGUGUUCCAGAGGAGGAUGGACGGCUCGCUGAACUUCUACAGGCCCUGGGAUCAGUACAAGAAGGGCUUUGGUAGCGCUGCUGGAGAGUACUGGCUCGGUCUUGAGAGUCUCUACCAUAUUACUCAGAGGAAAAAAUACGAGCUGCUGGUCGACAUGGAGGACUUCAGUGGAAACAAAGCGUCUGCUCGUUACUCCUCGUUCUCCAUUGAUCCAGAGUCCUAUGGAUACACACUGCAUGGGUCUGGAUUCACUGAUGGAGGAGCAGGAGACUCCCUGAGUUAUCACAACGGACAGAAGUUCACCACCUUCGACAAAGACCAGGACUCCUGGACAGACGGGAACUGUGCCAGAAAAUUCCUGGGGGCAUUCUGGUACAACAACUGUCACAAAACAAACCCCAAUGGGGUUUAUCGCUGGGGGGCUGAUAACACUCAGCGUGAGGUAGGAGUGGAGUGGUCCCACUGGAAGGGCUUUAACUACUCCCUGAAGGCCAUCAGCAUGAAGAUUCGUCCUGUGCAGUAAUUCUCCAGAACGAACAGCAGAAUAUCUGUUGAUCUCUUUCUUUCUUUCUCUCUGAUCUAGUCUGUAACUUCACAUAUACUUCAAA